AUGCAUCCAGAGUAUAGCGCUAUUGUCAAGGAGCUCCGUGACGAGCUGCUUUGGGAGGAAAAUGACCUUGAGCAGGCCGUCAAAAACGCUCGCAAAUGGGACAUCCCCGAGCUAGAUAAGUACGGCAUCAUCUCAGCCAAAGGAUUCCUCGACUUUGCCGACUGGUUGGUCAAAGGCUGGGUCCCUACCGAAUCGACCCAAGGCCGGGACAUCCAUUACAUUCUUUGUGUUUUUUAUUUUGUCCUUUCCCAGAAGCCAUUAGGCGGCCGUCAGACCAAAAUCCACCCGCUUAGCAUCAAUCAGCGAAUGAAACCUCUCUCUGAAUGGGUAUUCUUUUACCGAAAACUUAACGAGCUUCGUAAAAUCGAUGGGCCUGACGACGAUAAGAUCGUCGUGUUCCCUGCUGAUUCCACUUUCACUGGCGCAUAUGGCAUCAACGAGGACUCCGAGGUUGUUCUCAAGGAGGAAGAUUGGAGGGUGGUGAAAGACGAGGUGGUUCUAAAGAAUGUACCAUGGAAAGUGGCAGAUCUUCUGGGAAAAUAUGGCAGCGAUCCGGUUCCUCCUGACCCAGAUUCUAAAAGCCCCCCAUCCACCUAUGGAGAUCUCUUUAAAGGCGGAAUCUGGACUCACGCCUACUUGAAUGUGUUUGACUACCAUCGUCAGCAUGGCCCAGUGUUGGGGACAGUGGAAGUCGUCGAUGUCAUUCAGGGCACAGCCUACCUCGAGGUGCUGGUCAAGACAGACGAGCAGGUUGGCCACAAUUAUUUGGAGCCCUCUCGCCUGAUUGCUGAGGGACAAAGGAACCCCUCCGGCAUCAACACGCUUGAUAUGCCAGACACUCCAGGCUAUCAGUUUCUUCAAACGCGAGGAUUGGUAAUCAUCAAAAAUGACAACCUAGGCAGAGUUGCCGUCUUGUCUAUUGGUAUGGCUACAAUCUCUUCUGUUGUUAUGAGGGAGGGUCUGAAGCCUGGCGUCAAGAUCAAAAAGGGAGAGGAGAUUUCUCACUUUCAAUUUGGCGGCUCGGACUGUGUUGUCAUGUUUGAGAAAAAGGCCAGAGUUUCAGGUAUUCCCGACUCUGACCCAGCUUCUCGUGAGCAUUUCUUCUAUGGCGAAAAAUUAUGCAGAGCUUACUACAAAAAACUGCAGCCUGCUAAAAGCUGUGAAUCUUAA